GGCUUCACUACACAAGCCCAUCAUCCUUCACGGGCCUAAUUCAAAUUUGUUUGUUUCCUGAAAUCCCUAUCACUCUUCUGUUAAUUAUGCUGUAAGUGUCAAUUUUCGAUUGGUCCCAAAUCCGAAAGCAUCGUAUACAUGUUUGUUUGCACAAGACAUGUUAUUGAACUCUGUUGUGCUCAGUAAUAAUAGCUUAUGACUUAGUUUUCAUAAAUCUUGUCUUGUUUCCCAUGGUAUACUUUCUACCAUCUUUCAAAACACUCCAUAAUGCACCAUUACAACGAUUAUUCCAAACAGGGUCCAAAUUAUUCCACUCACUCAACCAUGAACACCACCUGUUCGAUCAAAUUCCCCACCCAAAUGCUGCCUCAGUCAACACUGCCAUCUCUGAUCUUUUGCACAAAAACCUUCCAUUUCAAGCUCUUAAGCAGUUUCAGUUGCAUUCUAUUGAAAAUGUUGAUGAGGAUACACUUGCCCUGUCUCUCAAGGCUUGCCAAGGAGAGUUAAAACUCGGGCGCCAAAUUCAUGGAUUUUCGGUGUCUACAGGGUUUGCUUCCCGCGUCAAGGUGUUGAAUUCACUGAUGAAAAUGUACUGCGUGUCCGGGAAUUUUGCUAGUGCUUUGUGUAUCUUUGAGAAGAAUUUGAGUUGUCCUGACAUAGUUUCUUGGAAUACUAUCCUUUCAGGGUUUGAGAGGAGCGUGGAUGCUUUGAAUUUCGCACGUUCUAUGCAUUUCAAUGGGAUAGUUUUUGAUCCUGUGACAUACACUUCUGCUCUCGCCUUUUGUUGGGAUGAUUGUGGGUUUUUGUUUGGGUGGCAAUUGCACUCGCUUGUGCUUAAAUAUGGAUUUGGUGGCGAAGUUUUUGUAGGGAAUGCACUUAUAACUAUGUAUUCAAGGUGGGGGGCAUUAGAUGAGGCGGGAAGAGUGUUCGGUGAAAUGCCCAAACGAGAUUCAGUUUCGUGGAAUGCGAUGCUUUCGGGCUAUGCACAAGAAGGAGAAUGUUAUGGGCUGGAAGCAGUUUCAUUGUUUAUCAACAUGGUUAGACAAGGUAUGUUGCGUGACCAUGUUCCUUUUACAGGUGCAGUUUCAGCUUGUGGUUAUAUGAGAAACUUAGAACUAGGGAGGCAAAUACAUGGUUUGGCCCAAAAGUUGGGGUAUGGGACACAUGUUUCAGUUUGCAAUGUUUUGAUAUCGACUUAUUCAAAAUGUGAGGUCCUUCGAGAUGCAAAGACAGUUUUUCAGAUCAUGAGUAAUCGAAAUGUAGUGUCUUGGACAACAAUGAUCUCUAUCGAUAAAGAAGAGGCAGUGUCUCUCUUCAAUGCCAUGAGAAUUGAUGGUGUAUAUCCAAAUGAUGUUACAUUUAUAGGAUUAAUACAUGCAAUAACAAUCAGGAAUCUGGUGGCUGAAGGUCUAAUGGUUCAUGGGUUAUUCAUAAAAAGCUGCUUUUUAUCAAAACAAAAUGUCUCCAAUAGCCUUAUUACCAUGUAUGCCAAGUUUGAGUCCAUUGAAGAAUCAAAGAAGAUUUUUGAGGAGCUUAACUAUCGUGAAACAAUAUCGUGGAAUGCAUUAAUUUCAGGGUAUGCUCAAAAUGGCUUGUCUAAAGAAGCACUCCUUACAUUUUUGUCUGCAAUAAAGGAGAUAAAGCCGAGCCAACACACAUUUGGUAGUGUCUUAAAUGCCAUUGCUGCAGCUGAAGAUAUUUCUCUGAAACAUGGGCUACGUUGCCAUUCCCAAUUGCUAAAACUUGGUUUAAACACUGACCCAAUUGUUGCAGGGGCUCUGCUUGACAUGUAUGGCAAGCGUGGAAGCAUAAGUGAGUCCCAAAGAGUAUUUGAUGAGACACCUGAUAGAACUCAUUUUGCUUGGACUGCAAUAAUAUCUGCAUAUGCCCGCCAUGGAGACUAUGAGUCAGUGAUGAGUUUGUAUAAGGAAAUGGAAAGCAAAGGAAGCAUUCCCGACUCAAUCACUUUCCUUUCAGUUUUAACUGCAUGUUGUAGGAAGGGCAUGGUUGAUGCUGGUCAUGAGGUCUUUGAUUCUAUGGUAAAAAAAUAUUCAAUUGAACCAACACAUGAGCAUUACUCUAUCAUGGUGGACAUGCUGGGGCGUGUGGGACAACUAGAUGAUGCAGAAGAAUUGAUGCAUCAGAUUCCAGGUGGACCUGGUUUGUCAGUGUUGCAAAGCCUGCUUGGGUCUUGUAGACUACAUGGGAAUAUAGAGAUGGCUGAGAAGGUUGUUGAUAGAUUGAUAGAAAUGGAUCCUGCGAGUUCAGGUCCUUAUGUGUUGAUGGCAAACUUGUAUGCUGAUAAAGAGAAAUGGGAGAAAGUUGCUGAAGUGAGAAAAAAAAUGAGAGGAAAGGGAGUAAAGAAGGAAGUGGGAUUUAGUUGGGUAGAUGUUGCUAAUGUUGAUUCCUUGCAGUUGCAUGGUUUCUCCUCUGGGGAUAAGUCACACACACAGUCUGAGACUAUAUGUAGAAUGGCAGAGUUUCUAGGAUUGCAAAUGAGAUUUUCUAAAGAGUGCGGAGAUGAGAGAGGAGAUUGGUAUCAGGAGUUCGCACUCAUGGGAUAUGGAUAGCUAAUAUGAUCACGUUCAUUCAAAAACGGAGUUAAAUUGAUUAUCCUUUUCUUCAUUUAUACGUUGAAUUAUGCUCUAUUUGCUUGUUAGAAAAAUGUUUUUUUUUUCUUUUCAAAUUGAGUGCUGCUUAGAGAUGUCACAAAAACCCACCCCGCGGGGCCCGACCUAAACCCAACCCGAAAUUUCGGGCGAAACCCAAUUUCUUUGGAUGCGGGUUAGGUUUGGGUUUCACCCGAAUUAUAAAACCUAUUUGGGUUCGGGUGUCGGAUUGAUUAAACCCGCACCCAAACCCGAAGUCUUAUGCAUGUAAUUACCAACCCUUAUAUAUAUUAUUAAAGUUACUAAUAAGUAGGGUUUUCUUUAAUUAGACAUUUAGAAUUCCGAUGCUUAUAAAUCUAUGAAUUAUGUUGUUUAUAAGCUUAUGUUCAUGAACUAUAUUUUUCCUUUGUAUUUGAAAGAUGAUGAAGUUUAAUCUGCUUAUGUUCAUGUUGUUCUCUUAUGCAAAAGUUGUUUCCGGGUCGGAUUUUUGGAUUUUUUUUGCGGGUUCGGUGCUCACAUCGGGUUUUGGGUUUGAGUUUGGGUAACCCGAAAACCAGGGGGUUGUGUUUAACUUUUGCACCCACAUUGGGUUUGGGUGUUAAGUUUGAGUUUGGGUGUAGAAAUGACUAAACCCGCACUCACGGGGCCCGUUGUCAACCCUAGUGCUGCUAAAUCGUAUAAGAAACUUAUUGAAAUAAGUUUUAAAUAGGUUAAAAUCUUAUUCGCAAAUAGCUUGUGGCACCUGGAAAAGUGGCAGUUGAGGAUUGCCGUUGAAGCAUUUAGUGGUCGUGGGAGGCCACCAAUAAUUGUCCACAUAAAAUUACUUUUUUUAGCGGGUUGUAAUUUCAAAAUGAAGUUGUAAAUCAAUUUUUUUUUGCACUGGAAAGAUAAAUUACACCAUUCAGGAAUUGAUCUCUGGACCAUCCCCUCCUUAACUCAGAUAUCAAAUUACUUAAACUGAUAAUUUUUUUUUGAUACAUCGGAAAGAUAAAUUGCACCUGUCAGGAAUCGAUCCUUGGAUCUCUCCUACCCAACUCAUAUGUCCCCAAACUCCUAGUACUUGAGCUAUCCUACGAGGACUAAACUGAUAAAUUUAGUUUUGAAAUAUAAAAUAUUUAUUGAUUUUUAUAAAAAAAUUAAAAUAUA